ACACUAACCGCAUGAGCUAAAUGUCAUUUUGCUGUAUGUGUUUACGUAAAUUUUAAUGCAGAAUAAUUUUUAAAGAUUUUUAUUUCUAAUUCACUUAAAACUUAAAAUAAAACUAUAAAAAUGAAUCAAGCCGAAGUGACCAAAUUAAUGUCACAAUUGCGUUUUGCAGUAAGACCCAAAAAACGUAACCUGAGAAAUGCCGAUGGUCCCGAGGGACGACUAAUGAAGUUAAGAAAAACAGUAACAGCUCUUGUCAAAAAUGAACGUAUAGAAUUGUAUCACAAUCGUGCCGAUGAGGCCAGAGGAUAUGUGGAACUGCUAAUAUCUGAUGCCAUACGUUAUGGCGAUCGCCAUAAGGCCACCAUGGAGUUGGCCGAUUUUUGGUUAUUGGAAAAACAAUUGGUUCAUAAAUUAUUCAAAGUUCUGGCACCACGUUAUGAAAACAGUAACGUUUCCUAUACACGCAUGUACAAGGCUCCCCGUGACUAUCCAGGCAUGUACUAUCAAAAAGCUGUUUUGGAAUUGAGAGGCAAUCCCUAUCCUUCGCUAUUACCCGAUUUCUCACAAAAUCGUAAUUUCAUUCAUAAUGUUCUAUUGGAUGAGGCUCGCAAAGAUUACAGACGUGAGAAAUUGGCAGAUUUAGCUACGAAAAUGGCUAAUGCUUCUGAGGAGGCGCCAAAGGAACAGAUAAAAGAUUCUAAGCCGGUUGUGGAAGAGAAGAAAGAAUAGUUCAGAGUGUUGUAUUUUUUUAGUAAUUUCUUAGUUAUUUUUCUUUAAGAAAAGCUUUAAAUUUUUAUUUGUUAAGAGAGUGUAAUGGAAGAAAUAUAAAGUGUAAAAAUUGAAGACGAA